GGCAUAGUCAUUUCAAGAGGUAGCAGCGCAGGUUGCCUGCAGCCAGCCUCCCCCAAAGAUGAAUCUUUGCUCCUCUUCCCCUUUCUUCCCAGAAACCCCUUGUCCUCCAUCAGAGCAGUUACCCUGGCAACCUCCCAAAUCCCCAGUCUCUGUUCACACCUGGUGGAAGGAGUUCCCUUGUAUUAUUCUUGUCCCUCAAUUAUUCCUUGAUCACCGUAGCUCAGGAAUUCCUUUGCAGCUUGCAUUCUCCCAUCAUAUCACAAACAACCCAAACCCUAGCAUUUAUUAAUUUCUAGGGCUUACCCUAAAUCUAUAACGCUAUAUAAGUUGAUUAUUUUGAACUUUGAUGUUUUACAAUCUAAAUCUUUAAUACAUUUUAAAACAUUGCAGUAGGGAAGAAAAAAAGCAUAUAAUUUGUUUGUGAAGCAGAGAAAACGAUUGCUUCAUUCAUAGAUCAGAAAGAUCACUGCCUUUUCUCCUGGAUCCAAAUCCCUAUGAAAUGCAUCACUACAACUUCCAUUGUGUGCUCAUGUUCUACUGUCACUAAGCAACAAAGAGACUCUUCUCAUUUGACAAGAAGUGUUGACUUCUCAUUUGACAAGUGUUUUCUUCCAUAAGUUGGAAAGGUUUUUGGUUGUGUCGGUGUGCUGUUAGUUUCCAUGUGAGUUCCUGGACAGGAUUAGAAAACAAUCAAGACUCUAAUAUCUCUACUUGGAAACAAUACAAAAAUAAUUAUGACUUCUGGAGUCACUGCAAGGCAGUUCAGCCACUUCAAUUCUCACAAGAUGCAUCAGAAGCAGCAUGAAGGUCUCUUAAAGAGAAUGUAUAUGCCUUUUGUGAGAGGACCUGAAGACAGACACUUUUUUACCAGUUUCCACGACAAAUGCAGUAAUGCUUUUCUCAAAUCCAAUCCAUUCAUUCGACCUGAAGAUAAAUCCUACCUUUUAGCUCCACAUCGGGAUGAUCUGCCAAUAAUUAACCCUAGUUCAGGAUUUGUGAGCCCAGGAGGUGCAGUUGAAGCUAACCAAAUCAUGUACAGCAAAAACAAGGAACCCCUGGGGAAUGGUAAAGAUGUGCAGCCUCCACCGUCGGCCCCCUUCCCACAUACGACACACCAGCCUGCAAACAGAAGACUCUCGGUAUUGGAAGAGAUAAAGCAGGACCAGCAGUGGAACUCAAGAGCAGUGCCAGAUAUUUCUCUCAGGUCCAAACUUGGAGGAUGGACAAGUUCAGUAAAAGUUAUACCUGCUCCACCUAAAGUCAAAGAAAAUUUUUCACCUCAUAGAUUUGCAUUUCAUGUGGACCCAGACAUUAAGUCAAGUGAUCCUUCCUCUGAAGCCUUCAGAGAUGAGAAAGCGCGGAAGUAUAUGUAUACCUCAGUGGCUCAAAGAGCAAAUGAAGACAUUCCCUGGGAUAGAAUGUUGCCCCCCAAAGUCAAGCCUCCAGAUUCGACAUUAGAGCCAAGGGCUGAUAGAGUCUCGCAGCGUUUUUCAAUGAAGCAGUAUGAACCAGAAGCAGAAACAAGCCAAGUUGUGGGAAGCCUCUGGGACAGAUUUCAAAGAAGAGCCUUCAUAUCACCGGACAAGCCAAUUAAUUUUGUUAGUCCUUGCUCUCGAACUCAACAUCUCCCUUUAUACACAGGCUGUGUUGGUGCAGAGAAUCCUGAUGACCUGGACAAUCCCUAUGUAGAUGUAAUUGUUCACAGCAGAGUUCGAAAUGCAGAACCACAAUAUGUGAAAUCUUCCUACUCUCCAAACACCUCUGGAUACACUGGCAAGGUUCAUUGGUCAGCCACCCAACCAGCAAAUUCUAAUCUUCCACCAACAUCACCAUCAAUAAUUUCACGAAUGUAUUGUUACCUGGCUAAGCAUGGGCAACCAUCUGAAUUUCCGCAUCUGGGGCCUCUGUCACAGACCCUUGUUCCCACUGAACCUCAAAAUCCUUUCAAUAAGAAGGAGAAAAAAAGAAUUGAACUUUGAAAGAAUAUCUGUCUCUGACGGCACAACUCCAAGCUUCAAGAGAUAAUGGGAAACAAGCAAGGCUGUGGAAUGAAUGCCUUCUUCAAGAAUGGUCAAGAAACAAAACUUCAUAAGGGCAUGCCUUCUGUAUAUUCCAAAUGACCAUUUCAAGCACACACCAAUUAAUGCAUUUCUUUUUUAAUGUACUUUCUCUCUUCGUAUUCAUUAACAUUUCCUCAUGCCCGGCUGCAGAGGCGUGUCUGAGGUGCUUCGUGCUGUUCAGCCCACACCAAUUGUGAGGCCGCUGGCAUUGCUUCAACUGCUGGGGCAUCAACAGGCCUGCCCAAUAUGCCACCCAUAUGCUGCCAGGUGGGAGUCCUGUGUGUGCCCUCAAAUAAUGUUAAACUGAUCUUAUACUGCAAUCAUUACUUUGGGUCCUGUGGAAUGUUUUGAUUGACUUAAAUAAAGAGAUAUUUUUACGAA